AUCCGAGGGGCUCCCGCUCUCGGCCCUGCUGCCCCCCGCGCCGGGCGGCCCAGUGUCUCCAACAGCGGUCGGCCGGGCCGCCUUCCCCGCGCCGGAGCGGCGGGAGAUGCUACCCAAGGCGGAGUCCAGCGACCACAUCGCGGCCUGGGCGGGCCCCGCCGUGCCCCGCGCCCCCGCGCUGCCCAAGGCCGUGUCCAGCGAGUUCCUCGCCGGCGGGCGGGUGGGCUUGGCCCCCCGAGCGGAGCCGGGCGAGCUGCCCCUCCUCGGCCGGCCCCUCGGCCACCCCGGCUCCGGCGAUGGCUGCGAUCGAGGGCCGGACUGCUCGGGACGGGCCCCGGAGGACGGCGCGUUCCGCAUCACAGUGGUCACCUGGAAUGUGGGCACAGCCAUGCCCCCAAACGAUGUGACAUCCCUGCUGCACCUCAACACAGGCGAGACAAACGAUGUGGACAUGAUCGCCAUUGGGCUGCAGGAGGUGAACUCCAAGAUAAACAAGCGCCUGAAGGAUGCCCUCUUCACAGAUCAGUGGAGCGAGCUCUUCAUGGAUGUGCUGAGUCCCUUCCAUUUCAUCCUGGUCAGCACAGUGCGGAUGCAAGGUGUGAUCCUGCUGGUGUUUGCCAAGUACUACCACCUGCCCUUCCUGCAGGACAUCCAGACAGAUUGCACCAGGACAGGGCUAGGGGGCUACUGGGGCAACAAGGGUGGGGUGAGUGUUCGUCUCUCCAUCUUCGGCCACAUGGUCUGCUUCCUGAACUGCCACCUGCCAGCACACCUGGAGAAGGCGGAGCAGCGCAAGGAGGACUUUGCCACCAUAUUGCACAUGCAGCAGUUUGAGGGGCGUGUGGCCAAUGGCAUCCUGGACCAUGACCUCGUGUUCUGGUUUGGGGACCUUAAUUUCCGCAUCGAGAGUCUGGACAUCUGCUUUGUGAAGUAUGCCAUCGACAGCAACGUUCUGAGCCAGCUCUGGGAGAAGGACCAGCUGAACAUUGCCAAAAGCACCUGGCCUGUUCUCAGAGGGUUUCAAGAGGGACCCCUGAACUUCCCACCCACCUUUAAGUUUGAUGUUGGCACCAACCAGUACGACAGCAGUGCCAAGAAGCGAAAACCUGCCUGGACUGACCGCAUCCUGUGGAAGAUUAAAUCUCCCAGCACAGGGCUGGGGGCAGGCAAGCACCUGCCCAGCCAGGGCGUGCUGUCGGUGAGCCAGCUCUGCUACUGCAGCCACAUGGAGUACACUGUCAGCGACCACAAGCCAGUAGCUGCCAUCUUUGCUGUGCAGUUUGCUUCCAAGGUGGACAAGCCCCCGGUUGAGAUUUAUGUGGCUGACGAAUGGAGCAGGCCUGAGCAAGCAGUUGUCAGGUACAAGAUGGCUGUUGGCUUCCACCGGAGCUCCUGGGACUGGAUAGGACUCUACCGGGUAGGCUUCCGGCACCCUAAAGACUAUGUGUCUUAUGUCUGGGCCAGGAGCGAUGAUGGGGAGCGCUGCCUGGAGAAGCAGCUCUGUGCACAGGUGAUGUUCUCUGAGGAAGCGCUGCCCAAGGGGAACGGCGAGUACAUCCUUGGAUACUACAGCAACACUUCCAGCAGCAUUGCUGGUGUGACUGAGCCCUUCCAGAUCUCCCUCCCCAGGUCAGAGGAGGGCAGCAGCCCCACGGACAGCUCAGGCAGCAGCUCAGAAGAGGAUGACAGUACACUUGUCCUGUUGGCCCCCAAAUCCCGUAGCCCCAGCCCAGGCAAGAUGAAACGGCACCGGAGCCGAAGCCCCAGCCUGGCCAAAUUCCAGGGCCUCAUCCUGCGGCCAUCAAGCCGGGACAGGGGAACGAGCCGCAGCCCCUCUCCCCAGAGCCGCCAUGGCCUCCCCAGGAAUAUCCCCACCAUCCACGUACCCCACGAGGAGCUGGGAUGCUGUGCAGCCAAAGGCAAGGAGCUGAGGCAGGCAGCUGACAGCCUGGAGGGCAGCUCUUUCUACCAGACUGUACAGGAGCAGGGUCACCCACAGCGUGUCUCCACUGACAGCCCACUGGCCAGGGCUGACCCCCGGAACCUGGGCCUGCUGCCUGCACUCCGCCUGGAGAUGAUUGACAAGGCCAUGGGCUGGCAGCAAGAGAAUGUGGAUCAGGGCUAUUAUCCCUGCCGGAGGAUGAGCCCCACCAGUCCCCCAGGCUGUGGCACCUCCCCAAAAGAGGGCUGCAGCCCCCAGGAACUGGACAGCCAUAGCUGUGCCAUGGGCCGCUGAUGCAGCGGCCUCUUCCCUCCUCCCCCUAGCGCGCUCGCUGUGUGCUUUCCUCUGCCACUUUCCUGCUAAGACAACUCCUCCCUUAUUUAUUGCAGUGACUCCUCACCCCUGUUGUGUGCCUGGCAGGAGGGGUAUUCCCCUCUGCUCCCCUCAGCCCAAGCUGCUCCCCAGGGCAGGGCUGGGAGAUGACCCAGGGGAGAGUGGGGAAAGCUGGUCUAAUGCAGUUUGGGGAGACCCUUCAUGAACUUCCAAGUGCAGGAUUCUUCAGUCUCAUGACAGGAGUGCUGGCCUUGCACCCAGCGUGGCAGGGGAGGCCAAGGCAGGGCUCUGGCAAGAAUGGUGAUGGACACAGAGUGAAGACCGUCCCAAGGUAAACCAGAGAUUAAAGCUUGCUCCUUCCCUGCUCUACCACUGUGCCUCAGCCUGGACAUAGUGCAAGCAACAAAAUAAACGAUCCUGCCCACCCCA